AACUCGGGGUAUUUAAAAACUUCAGUUCCAGUUCAGCAAGGUAGGAUUGGUAUUUAAGCUAGCGCCUAUCCGGUGUCCGCGCUGUUGCUAACACACGCUAACUCAACCUCCAGCAAGCCGCUGUCCCGCUUGGCAUGACUAAGAGCACGUAGCCGGCAUGACUGCUUGUUCCGCAUGAUGCCGGUGCCAAUCUGACUGUCAACGUUAAGCUAGCAACUGUGUGAGGGGCGCGAAAGAAGACUGUGCCGGUACCACCACCAGCCGCAGCUACCGGGUAGUGUUGACUACAGCCCUGCCUCCCGCUACUAGCCGAAGUUCCUCAUCUGCCCGUCGAUACGGUAGUUUUGGCGAAUUAGCUAGCUUACAAACACGCCGAGGCGGUGUGGAUACAUGUCUGCCUCUCAACCGCGAGACGAGCUACGAAAGGGAAAUCUUGCAGUUCAUGUUUCGCCAAGAAGUUGGUGCGACGUCUUUUAUUCCAUCUCGUUCGUCUCUUUUCCAACACGAGAAGAGGAAUAUGUCCAGAUAUAACGUAUACAGCCUGCUGGACUGGAUCUACGGCGGGGUGGACCCGAAGUUCGAGGGCAACGGGGGCCCCGCGUGCGCCGCCUUCCUCGCGCCCCAACAGCGAGUCAGCGAGAGUCUGGUCAUCGUCCUCGUCUCCCUGGUGGAGGUAUGCGUGGCGCUCAAGAAGAUCAACCUCUCCAAAGAGCUCAAAGUGGUGGGGAAGGACUGCGCGCGGUUGAAGGAGGACAGUCUGGGCAAGAACCUGUUGCUGGUGGCCCUUUGCAUGACUUUCGGAGUGGAGGUUGGCUUCAAAUUCGCGACCAAGACUGUGAUAUAUCUGCUGAACCCCUGCCAUCUCAUGACAAUGGUUCAGAUCUUCCUGCUGGCCUGCCCGCCAUGUAAAACAGCAAUGGUUGUAUUUAGGCUGCAGGUCCAUAUGCUGAACGGUGCGUUACUGGCUUUAAUGUUCCCAGUAGUCAACACUAGACUGCUUCCGUUUGAGAAGGAGAUCUACUACAUCCAGCACUCCAUGCUGUACCUGGUGCCUCUCUACCUUUUCAGGAAAGGAGGUGUGUACAAGCCUGAGCCUCUGGGGGACAUGUGGUGGGCGCUGCUCUCCACCGGCAUCCUGUUCCUCUACCACUUCCUCUUCCUGCAGGUCCUCGGCUUGGCGACUGAGGUCAACCUGAACAACAUGCUGUGCCCGGCCGUGUCCGACCCCUUCUACGGGCCUUGGUACCGGGUGUGGGCGACGGGCCACCAGACCCUGCUGACCCUGGUCCAUGGGAAGGUCCUCACGCUCCUCUCGCAGCACACGGGCUCGGCCUGCCGCUGCCUGCUGGACACGCUCCGACUGCGCAGCAAGAAAGUUGACUGAAUGUCCGCGAGGACGCGCACAGAACUAGCCUUUCAUUCUAAAUGCCUGCUCUCAUGGAGAUGUUUUUCUUCUUUCUUUUUUUAACAUUUGAAUGCAUCUUUUUAAGACUUACCAUCUGUUUCAAUGAAAGAAGUGAGCGUUUGGGGGGGCCAGUGAAUCAAUGUGUCAUUAUUUUUGUGUCGUCGUCGGCUUGCAUACAUGCUUGCAUGCACAAACAUGAGGUGGUGUUUUAAGGCUGGUAGUUAGCGUUGUGCAGUUGGGCGGAUUUAGCCUCUUUUCUUUCUUUUUUCUUUUUUCUUUUUCUUUUUUUGGGAAUACAAUUUCCAGAAACAACGUAAGUGAAUUCGGGGGAAACGUCUCAAGCUGCCUUUUUGUAAAUGUAAAGUUUUACGGACAAGGGAAAUGUGAGUCACCCGAAAUGUCGAUAUUGACCUGCAGUUGUGACACUUUUUUAGUUCUGUACGUAGUUGUUAUGCUAGGUCACAUGUUAGUGGGUGAAGCUGCCAUUUCUUGUCUCAAGUGCGUUUUGAAACUGAUUUUGAAUGUGCGAGCCGUUGUUAAAAGUUGCCUUGUUUAAUCGUCAGAGGAUUUUAUUUGUCAUGACAGAAAAUACAAAGUUAUUUAUGUUCCUCCGUUCCCCUUCUACUCCACACAUGUACAGGGUAUGAAAGCAAUUUCUAGUGGCCUCCUGUGCGUUUCCGUCUCCAGCCUGUUCAGAUCAUUCCAGUUGAGAUAAUCAGGGGACACGAGGAUGUAGUACGUGCUGAGAGUCUACGUGAUGAAUGCGGGUUCAUGGAUCUACACUGGGGUGUAUUUUUUAUGUACUUGCGUUAUUUUGUUACGAUAUUGGACCAUAUUCAGUUGGGUAUAAAGUUCAGUUGUUGGGAUGAAUGUGACGUUUGCCAAGGGGGAUCUUGACAAAAUAUGUAUCUGAGCUGGAGUCAUGCAUCAUGACACUUGACUUGAAUUUGUCGCUUGAUCUUACAAGGCAUCCUGAAUUCUCCCCACCGCUACAACUGUGUGACAGCGAGUCACGGGCUCAGUUUAGUAAGAAAAAUUAAAUAAAAUACGAAAAAAAGAAUGCAUCGGAUGAUCUGCACGAGGUCACUCUGGGUCACUAGUUGACGACCCAUUCGAAAGAAAGUAUUAACCAGCAUUGGAAUAUUUAAGUCAUGGUCUAUAUCAUUUCAAGUGUGUGGGGUGUGUGUUACUGUAGCAUAUACUGUAUUUCACUGUUAAAAAAAAAAAAAGGGACAAAACUUUUGUAUUUCUAUUGGUUCCAGUGUAUGUGCUGUAUUGACAAUAAAAGUGGUUUCAUUUAACCAAA